UUCCCGGUCACAAACUACAUUCGGAACAAGCUGAAUCUGCCGCGGAAUUGUUUCAUCAUUCAGCACUGUUACAUCAGUGCAAAGGAAUUACCGCCAACCGAAUUCUAUGGAUAUGGAUUUGGUCUGACGGUUCAAAAAGCCGUUUGUGCGGCAUCCAAGGAAUUCGUCGAACGCAUCUCUGAAUAUGCAAAAGACAAAAGACGAAAAAAUGCGCAGAAAGUGGAACCGCGAAAUGGCGUUUUCUGUGAAAAAUUUCCGAAAAAUGCAAGAAGCACUUAA